AUGAUCUCCAAGGAUCCCUUUGACGUUUUCCGCCAUGACCCCACCGCGGCCAACCUCGAGGAGUGCUUUCGUCAGGGAGGCGACGUUAACAAGAAGAACGACAAUGGCGAGAGCGCCCUCGAGUACGCGGUCCUGCGCUACCGCGACGCCAGGGAUGAACGCGAAACUGCCGAGAUGGAGAUGUGGAGCAGCCUGAUUGACGUUCUCAUGCAGCAUGACGCCUAUUUCGAAUGGUGCUCGCAAUUGGAGUUUGCCACGGAUGGGGCCGACUAUAGGCUUUGGGUCCGUCAGAAGGUUCACUAUGUGCUCUAUUUCGUUUUGCAAUACGGAGAUCCGCCGUACAGUGAAUGA